UCACAUGGUUAAGCCUGCUUCCUGUUUAUCGGUUGUUGUACUUUCAGUCUGCCGUUUACAGAUUGCAACACGGCUCGGCACUGCUGAGGCUGUAGUCCACAACAGCAUAUUUGCUACUUUACGGUGACAGGACAGUUCAUUGCAUACAUUUUACCAGUUAAUAUUUGUGGUUACUAAAGAUACAUGUAGACAUGGCACCGAAGAAACGUGAGUAGGCCGGGAAGCAUCCUGGAGAUUUCCUGACACCAGGUGACCGGGAGUUCUGUGUGUUGGUGCUGCGAGACGGACGAAAGUUCACCUAUACCGGAAAAUAAAACUGCUGCGAACUUCCCUUGAAUGAAUUUACGAAGGCUUUGAGUUGGUGGAAAAGACGAACAAUACGCCUGGGAACCUGAGCUAGCCUGUUAGCUAGUCUUGCUAACUUCUGUAGCCAGCAGCUGUGGAGUGAGCGGCCGGCUGUGCGGGCUGGCUAACUUGUUGUGUUUGGAGAGUGGAGCAGUUCGCCGGUGCCCUGAAUUCAAGAAGACUCCCCGGCUCCGGCUCCCUCAAGCGGGCAGUCAGGAAAAAGCUGCCUGGGAAGGGAUGGCCUGGUCGGUCUCCCCGUCCCAGAGGACAAGGCUCAGCAGUGUUUGAAGGAGGUCGAGUGCGGUUAGAAGCCACCGCGGCGGGUCGAGGCAUUAUGACGGACACCUCUCUCCACACGGCCGGCGGCUUCCCGGCUUCCGGGCUGCUGGUCAGAAAGAGCGAAGAAAUAACUGAUUUGAUAGACCUGUUUUCCAAGACGCAGUACAGGGCUAAAGAAGUAACUCCUCGGGUGGAGGCCAUAGAGAAGCGCUGUCUGCACCUGUUUGCCAGAGAUUACAAGUACAGUAUCAUCCAAAAUGCCAAUGGAGAAGUGUGCGGACACUACCCCCGGCAGAUAGUUUUCCUAGAGUAUGAAUGCACAGAUGUGGAGAAAGACAGGUUUGAGAGCACAGUGCAGAUCAGCAAGCUGCAGGACCUAGUGAACCGGAGUAAACUGGCUCGCUGCAGGGGGAGGUUCGUCUGUCCAGUCAUCCUCUACAAUGGCAAGCAUAUAUGCCGAUCUUCCACACUGGCAGGUUGGGGGGAGUUAUACGGACGCACAGGUUACAACUACAUCUUCUCAGGGGGCAGUGAUGACACAUGGACAGAAUCAGAGGAGUUCCCAGAGGAUGACAGCGUAGUCAGGAAUGGAGACUCCCAUCUCUUCGACAAGGUUCGAGGUUAUGACAUUAAGCUGCUGCGUUACCUCUCAGUUCGCUACAUCUGCGACCUAAUGGUGGAGAACAAGAAGGUUAAGUUUGGCCUCAAUGUGACGUCCUCAGAAAAGGUGGACAAGGCCCAACGCUAUGCAGACUUCACUUUGCUCUCUGUGCCUUACCCAGGAUGUGAGUUUUUCAAGGACUACAAAGACAGAGAUUACACAGCAGAGGGUCUAGUAUUUAACUGGAAUCAGGAUUUUGUGGACGCUCCUUUGACAAUCCCCAUGUGCUUCACUCAGAACUUGAACAUUGACUGGACUCGGUACCAGUCAUGGGACCUGGUGCAGCAGACCCAGAACUACCUGAAGCUACUUCUCCACAUCAUCAACAGUGAUGAUGAUAGCGGCCUUCUAGUGCACUGCAUAUCAGGAUGGGACCGAACGCCUCUGUUUGUGUCCCUCCUCAGGCUCUCCCUGUGGGCAGAUGGUGCAGUGCACGCCAACCUGGAGCCAACAGAGAUCCUGUAUUUGACUAUCGCUUACGACUGGUUCCUCUUCGGUCACAUGCUGCCGGAUCGACUCUCCAAAGGGGAAGAGAUUUUCUUUUUUUGCUUCAAUUUUUUGAAGCACAUUGUCUCAGAGAAGUUCUCUACUAUUAAAAGGCAGAGAAGAAAAAACUCUCACUUCAAAGAUGAUUUCACCUUGGAGGAACUCUGCCAGUUGAAGUCCAAGAAUCGUGGCAGUGUGACUAGUUUGAGCAGCGACUUUUCCCUCAUCACUGAAGAGAUGGCCAGUGCCUCAAGCUUGACCAAUGACACUGUGGACCUGUCCUCCAGCCAGCCCCAGGCCUCCAACUGGAGAAAAGGCACCGCUUCCUCUCCUCCGAUGGUGGUUUGGAAUAAACAGAACCCUCUGGAUGAGCGCUUCGCCCAAACAGCAAAUGAGGCCAGGUCUUCCAGCUCCUCCUCCUCCAAUCAGUCAGAGCAUGGAGGCACUCGUACUGGCAGCAGCCCAUUGGCUGUUCCAAGGAGAAGGUUAGCAGCGGACUGUGCUCGGUCAGGGUCCUCCCUCUCUACAGAUUACGGUAGUUGGCAGAUAGUUUCUGGUUGUGGCAGCAUCCACGACCACGCCCACUUCCCUCCACCUUUGGCCUCGGCCUCCUCCUCCACCUCGUCCGCUGCCGUCGCUGCCUGCGACUCCCCCCUGCCAUUCAGCUUUCAGGAUGAAGCUAGUGGACGAAUGUGUCCCUUCCCCUCUGAGCGUCAGGCCCGUCUGGAGGCAGUGCGGGAAGUCUUCCUGGCAGCCUACAGCUCCACUGUUGGCCUCAAGUCCUCAGCUCCCAGCCCCUCCGGCGCCAUCUCCGGCCUGCUGGAGCAGUUUGCCCGUGGGGUGGGCCUCCGUGGCAGUAACACCAUUGUUUGAACCCUUCAAUGUGACUUUGGACCCUCCUGCUUACAUCCAGUCGAUUCAGCAUGUCUGGACUCAGUACAAGUGCCAAACACCCCUGUUCAGUUUAGGGGUGAAGCAUUUUAUUUUAUAUAUGUUUUUAAUUUGAUUUUUACAUUUUAUUUUCUUAUGGACUUUUUUUUUUUUUUUAAUUUCCAUGUAGAGUUUCACAUUCAGGGAGGGGAAAUGGUUUCAGCCACACAAUCAAAAAGGGAUAUAAAUAUAAAUGGCUGAGUAUAAAGAAUUCUUCCUUAGUCUGUUGAUAGAUUUACAGUUCUAGCAGUGACUGUUCCAUGUCCAGUAAUAUCACUUGAUUUCUUUUGGUUAUGCUGCUGUUCACUGAUCUGAGCUGAAAGUUCUGGUGGGUGGCAAAAAUGAGAGAAACAAAGCACUUAAUGUGUUAUAACAGAAAAGGCUCAAAGCUGUUCUUAUUUUAAUUUGGUGCUGUAGUUUAGAAUCUAAUCAGGUUCACAGGUUUGUGGGGUCUAGACUUGCAGGAUUUUGUUUUUGCGUCUUAAACUAAACUGGUUUUGAAAAUCCAGUCCCAGUCAGCUUGAGAUGGUAUCUUUACCCUGGAAAUGGCUUUUUUUUUUUUUUUAAUUUCCUUUCUUGUAAAAAGACCGGAUUUAAAACAAAGUUAAGCUGCCGCCCAUUUGCCACGUGGCAUGACUGCCCCCCACUUCCAGUGACGUACGAAAGCUUUUGCUGAAAGACCUUCUGUAGUCUUAUUCAAUAACCUGACAGCAACUUGGUCUAAAGAAAACUGAGCUUCUCACAUUUUACAAAAAACUAGUCUGUACAAGAUGUUUGGUGCCUAAAAGUGGAAACAAUAUUAUUGGACAAUUUAAAAAGAACUCUUUCCCCAUCACCACCAUUUGGCUUAAGUUGGUGGCACUAACUAAAGAAGCCAAACCGUUCAUUUGGUUAUUUUUGUGCCUGAGCCUCGAGUUGACUGAAGUGACAACAGGACUGUACCUAAAAGUGUAACAGUUCAAAUUCAGGCUAAAAGCUGGUAAAGACCACACCUCUGCCUGCUAUAUCCAGUCUUCAGGCCAGGGACCUUUUAAGCUGGCCACAUUGCAGAGGUUACUCACUUAAGGGCAAAUGCUAAAAGUUGAUUUAAUACAACAAGAAUAUGGAUGAACUGCAUUUCAGGUUCAGUUGAACACCUGUCCCAGAAAACUCAAUGUCACUUUGGGGGUGGUGUCGAUGGCUGGGUGGUGGUAAUUGGAAAAUACAGCUUGAUUUGCUGACGGAUCAGAUGUUUGCUUUGUAAUUUUUGUAAGAUACUUUCAACAGGUAACAUUACACUGAGCAUUUAGUGUGAGUAAGGUAGUCGAAGAAAAUAGUUUGACAACUUGCAUGAUAAGUUAAUCAGUUUUUAUUUUAUUUUUUUAAAUAUACAAGUUUGAAUAUCUAAGGACUGUUCCAUAAUGGUCUUACAUAGGGUUAUAAUUUAAAAAAUGUAUAAAAAUGUAACUUUCAACCUUAUCAGUUACAGUAUCACCAUAUCCUUUACUUGAGUCCAUAUCUGUUUAUGGUUCAGUGACAGUGAAGAAGCACUGAGCAUUAUGGUAGCAGAUAUGAACCAAAGGCUUUUUCAAUGUCGUCUCUCGUUUGACUCCAGUGAAGCGAGGUCCUCUCUAUUCCUGCCAGUACUGAGAUUUCUGCCCAGCUGUCGUCACACACUGUUUAAAACACACGCACCUUCUUUCAGGUCACACUCGGAGCUUUCUGCCCAGUCAGCCAUCGGGUAGUUCACACUUAAGUAAUUUUUGUGUAGUAGUUUUAUUUGGAACUAGCUUAUCAGUGUUGCCAGACUGUUUGACAGCUGCUGUACCUCAGGGCCUUUUGUUGUGCCUUUUUUUUUUUUUUUUUCCCCCCCUUAACCUUUUAACACUGGAUCGGACCUGUCCAGUUUCAGGUGUAUUUUCUGUUAAUGAUUUUAAGAGCAUUCUAGAGGUUUGGUGCUGUCUGUAAAUGAACGUUUUGACUGUAGUGUUAGCAGACUUAAAGUAAAAUUUGUGGGGCUUUCCACUCUCUCUCAUGUAGUUGCAAGUUUUUGUUGUACACAGUGACAUAAAGCUGAGUCUUACGGAUUCUCCAUGAGACUGCUGAUGUGGGAUGUCUGCAGCAGUCAUUUGUUUCUGCCUCUCAAAAUGAUUGUUGCUGAAGACGAUUUAAUUUUUAAUGAAGUUUUUUUUUUUUUUUUUUUUCUUACUAAAAAUUCUCAAAUUUUAGUAAGAAAUCUGGGAAAUGUAUU